AUGGGCAACGUAAUGUCGGCGAGCUUUGCACCAGAAUGCACAGAGCUGAAGAAACAGUAUGAUAACUGUUUCAACGAAUGGUACAGUGAAAAAUUUCUCAAGGGCAAAUCGAUCGAAAACGAAUGCUCCAAGCAAUGGAACGCUUACACGACCUGCGUCGAUGCCAACCUCAUCAAGCAAGGAAUUAAACCUGCCUUAGACGAAGCCCGUCAGGAGGCCCCCUUCGAGCGCGGAGGAGCUCAAAGUCCACAGGACUCCUAG